AAAAAGUGAAAUUAUUUUAUAUUUUAUUGAUUUUAAUUUAGAAUUACUUUGAUAACAUAUUUGUACAAGAAAUGUGUUUUGUUUUUAUUUUUUAGCUGUGGAACCAUUCAAAAAACAUUAUAUUUCUGAAGCAGUUCUACGUCGCUUAAUGGGACAAAAAAUAUUUUUUACUAUUAAAGACGUGCUAAAGUUACUGUUGGGCAAGAGAAUCUUACAUUUGAUGUUGGACCCUUUUCAUAUUUUGGUAUUCCAGCACUUUUGACUGGUGUUAAUCCAGUUGAACCAAAUCUACAAUCCCAAGGAUCUACUCCAAGUAUACUUCAUAGUCCAGAUAUGCCAAAUUCAAAAUUCUUUUUUAAUCCAGAUUAUACAGUGACAGCAAUGUCAGAUAUGCUAUGCAUGAAAAUUCCUCGAUCAGUAUAUUUGGCAGCAAUUCGUGCAACACUUAUGGAAAGACAAAAACGUUUUGAUCCAACUCUUGAAGAUCCAUUUCAGAAUGCGUGGGAAAAUGAUUUAAAUAUUUCUCAACCACAAGUCUCUAAUAAUUCAGAUCAGUGUAAUUCAGUUUAUACUUCAUCAAAUCUUCCAGUGAAGUCUGCAAAAUUAACUGUUGGCCCAAAUUUAAACAUUCCAGAGCCAAUAUUUAAUUCUAGACUUUGUAAUUCAACUCAAGAUAAUCCAUCUAGACGUGCCAGUGUUGAAGUAGCAACUUUAUCUCAUACGCCAAAUUUUACAUCAUCAAGUAAUAGUUUAACAAAACGGGUAUGCAAUACACACAGAGUGAACAGUACUGGAAAUUUGGAAGCAGCAAGUGAAGCAUCAGUAAUUAAUGUAGUACAAGAACCAAAUGAAUCAAGUGCUUCAAAAAAUUUAGAAAUGCACACAUUACCUAUCAUUUCUAAAAGCAGUCCCACUUCAGAAAGUGAAAGAAAUGGCAAUAGUCAUUUAAUUAAAUCUCCUACAGAUUAUUCUACGGAACAGACCUCACUUCUUUUUUCUGAAUUAUAAAUUUUGGUAACUUUAUUUAAGAAAUGAUCUUUUCACAAUAUAAUCAAAAUCCUCAAAUUUUAAUUUUGAGGAAUUUUUUUUGGCCAGUAAUAAAUGGGCAGAAAACAUUCAGUUUUAAAACUGAAUACAUAAAAGAGUACCUGCAAUUUUUUUGUGUAUGUGUGUGUGUGUGUAUAUAUAUGUAUAUAUAUACACAUUCAUAUAUAUUGUUAUUUUGUAGAGACAUUUUCAAUUGCAUAUAUGUGUAUAUACAGGAUUUUUUUAAUGUUCCUACCUUAUAACUUAUAAACAAACAAGCACAUAAAAAAUAUAUUAAAAUACUACUAAAAAUGAAGAUAAGCCAGCUAAUAUGCAUUGUUACAAAUAUCUUUGAUCUUCAUGUUAUAUAAAAAUUUAUUUUUUAAAGAAUUAAUCAUGAAUUGAUAAAUUUCAUUAAGAAAAAAUUCCAACAUUUCUUGCAACUCCUUAAUAGUAAAGAACAUAAUAAUUAGCUUUUUAGAAGUCAAGUUUUUUUUAUUUAUUUACAUAUUUUUAGGAAUCUUGUUUUCAC